GUUCCUCCUACCUUGAAACGAAGGUCGACUAGGGUUUAAGACGUUUAAAAGUGAAUUUGAAGGAAUGACGAGUCCUGGGGUAAAGUAAUAGGCACCACACGAGCUAGUACACGACCUUCCAAUUCACAGUUAACAGCUCUCUACGCUAACUUGCCCAUCAUUUAUCAUUACUGCGAGCAAUUAGGGCAACCAUGGCUGGUCAUAAAACGUCGUCGACUUUGCUUCCUUGUCCGGAAGGAUGCGCGCGGCAUACGGACCCCAACGCGGACCGCGAUGGCAAAACGUUGAAGGGGAAACUAUUUGAUGAUAGCAAGGACAACACCGCUUUGAAAUUGCAAGAUGGAAACUCCAGGAAAAAGCGAAAUCAUAAUCGACCGCGGAAGGCGGCCGUGCAUGAGGGUGCCCCCUCAGAGAAGGACGAAAGCCCCAGCACUGCCACGAAGCGCGCUCGUGUGCACAAGGAGUUGGCUGAGCUGGGCGCCCACAGUUCCGUCGCCCCGGAGGUGGUGGCCUUGAAGGAGGAGCUGGAGUCGUUAAGGGCCGCUAAAAGGGCCCAGGAGGAGGAGUUACAGGGGUACAAGCGCCGGGUGGCGGAUCUCACCGUGAACAUGGAGGAGGUCGCUGUGCAGUGGAGUGAGGCAGAGGUGCAUGUGUGCAAGGUGGUUGAGAGCCUGCUGGCGGCAAAGGAGGAGAUUGCGGCUCUGAACACACACUUGCAGGCCACCCGCUCUUCCCUGGCGGCAGCUCUUCAGGACCUGCAGGAGGAGCGCAGCCGCCGUGCAGCUGACAUGGCGGCCGGCGAGUGCAAGAGCUGGUGUGGCAGCUCAAGGUCACGCGGGAGGAAGGAGUGAUUGGUGACAGGACUGUCCACGGCAACCCUCGGCUACCCUCGGCAACCCUCGGCUACCACCCCCACCGCAGCAGCCACCGGUGCAGCAGCAGCGCCAGCAGGAUGCGCAGCAGGUGGCGGCAGCACCGCCAUCAGCGGCGGAGCUAGCGGCCCAAGAGGCGGCUGCCGCCGCAGCAGCGGCAAAGAAAGCGGCUAAUUUCUUGCAGGCCCGGGACCCCAGGAGCUCUCCAGGCGCGUCCGCCCCCUGGAGGCUUUUGCGGGGCGGCCGGACAUCCCUAGGUCAGGGCUAAGCCGGGAUGGAGGCGGAGGCGGUGCUCAGCAUACGCGCAAGAUUGUCUGCAUGCGCUACUAGCCACACUCCUAGAGAGCGGUAGUAAACAUGGCCACUUCCGGGUUAGUCCACUUCCGGGCAGGCGUGGAGGGAAGGCCUGGUCGGUGCUCCCUUGCCAAUGUCCCGUCAGCAUGCAUUGCGCCGUGCAUUCCUUGCGCCCAGUUGUACAGGCGCACAUUUUCCUAUUCUUCCGAUCGACUUCCCAAGCACAAUCGACUUCCUUCGCAGAUAGGUGGGUCCUAGAGUCCUUUGCAACUCAUAGUGCUUUGCCGUCAUGGGACUUCACACAUGGCACCGGGUCACCGGUGUUGCUGCUGCAGCCCUCACCAGCAACAGAGGCGGUGGGGCCGUUGGAUGGGGUUGAACGAGCGCUGCAGUUGCCAGGGCGGCAGUCACCAGUACAGCAGCUACAGUCCGCCUUUCGGAUUGCGGCCUUACUGGCCGUUGUAUCCCGUCCUUGGCUGUUGCAGUGUGAGUUGGUGUCACCCCUGCGCAUUCCGCGUUUCAGCAGAGUGGGAGUUACCGGUAUGCAGGCGGGUGUUGGUUGUAAUGGCUGGGAGCUCUUGAUGUUUUUGGCGGCGCCAACAUGGAAGCUUGUAUGGUUGGCUUGUGCUACCUUAUCAGGAAGGCGGAGGCCGGGGGCAGGUUGCAUUGCAUGGCUCAUACUGACAGCAGCGA